UCCUUCAUUAACUGUUUAGUUUUAUAUAUGACUUACUUCCCCAACUGUUAUCCACUGCCGGUGAGCUGAGCUGAGCAGGAAUUUGCACUCACCCUCACCCUCACCCUCACCCUCAUUCUCAGCUGAUCUGUAAGUCUUUAUGCACAACAUCACAUACUUAUACAUAUAUAGCUGCUCCCAUAAACCAUAGGCUAUGAUAUUAACAUUUCUAUAUAUAGAAUCUUCUUGGUUAUUGGGAGAAGUUUGAACUGAAGUUUGUAUGCAUAUUCAAUAAUAAUAUGGUUACUGGGAGUGGUGGUUAUUGAGGAUAGAAAGAUGGGUACAAGGGGAGAAAUCAAGUCGCCAGAAGGCGGCGGUGUAAUCACUAGUGGCAAUAGUUUCAGCGUGGGUUCAACUUCGGAGAGGAAGAAACUGGGGAUCCACUUCAUUGAAUCCGAUGACCGCCGCACUGCUUUUGGCCGUGGCUAUACUGGAGGAACCACCCCUGUCAAUAUCCGGGGCAAACCAAUUACUGAUCUUUCAAAGACCGGUGGUUGGAUUGCAGCCUUCUUCAUAUUCGGGAAUGAAAUGGCUGAGAGAAUGGCUUAUUUCGGGCUGUCUGUGAACAUGGUGGCCUUCAUGUUCUAUGUCAUGCACAGACCCUUCUCCAGCUCAUCAAACGCAGUCAACAAUUUCUUAGGGAUAUCACAAGCUUCCUCUGUCCUUGGUGGUUUUCUGGCCGAUGCUUACCUCGGUCGGUAUUGGACAAUAGCAAUCUUCACAACCAUCUAUCUUCUGGGUUUGACAGGGGUCACUUUGUGUGCUACGCUGGACGUUUUUACACCAAACCAGGACCACUGCGACCAGUUAGCCCUGCUUUUGGGCUCUUGUGAGGCUGCAAAACCAUGGCAGAUGAUUUACCUCUACACUGUUCUAUACAUAACUGGGUUUGGAGCUGCAGGAAUAAGGCCAUGCGUUUCUUCCUUUGGGGCCGAUCAGUUCGAUGAGAAAAGCAAAGACUACAAAACCCAUCUCGAUAGGUUUUUCAACUUCUUUUAUCUUUCUGUCACUGUUGGGGCUAUUAUUGCCUUCACGGCAGUGGUCUACAUUCAAAUUAAACACGGUUGGGGAGCAGCCUUUGGCUCACUGGCUGCAGCUAUGGGAUUGUCAAACUUGGUGUUCUUCCUUGGUACUCCUAUGUACAGGCAUAGGUUGCCUGGAGGCAGCCCUCUUACCAGGGUUGCUCAAGUGCUUGUUGCUGCCUUUCGAAAGAGAAAUGCCGCUUUCUCUAGUGGCGACUUCAUAGGUUUGUAUGAGGUCCCUGGCAAACAAUCUGCCAUAAAAGGCAGUGGAAAGAUAGUGCAUACGGAGGAUUUCAGAUUAUUGGAUAAGGCAGCCCUGCAGCUGAAGGAAGACGGUGCUGAGCCAACUCCCUGGAGGCUCUGCACUGUGACUCAAGUAGAGGAAGUGAAAAUCCUUUUGAAACUCAUUCCAAUACCAGCAUGUACAAUAAUCCUUAGCGCAGUGUUAACGGAGUAUCUAACACUAUCAGUGCAGCAAGCAAUCACAAUGAACACCCAUAUUGGCCAUCUCAAACUCCCAGUGACAUGCAUGCCUGUGUUUCCUGGCCUCAGCAUUUUCCUCAUACUGUCACUCUAUUACUCCACCUUUGUUCCCCUCUCCCGGCGCUUCACAGGCCAUCCACAUGGCGCUUCGCAGCUACAGAGGAUUGGCAUUGGAUUAGCAGUUUCCAUCCUGUCUGUGGCAUGGGCCGCCAUUUUCGAAAAAUACAGAAGAAACUAUGCCAUUAAGCAUGGAUACGAGGUAAUGUUCAUAACUCCAAUGCCAAACUUGAGUGCAUACUGGUUGCUGAUCCAGUAUUGCCUGAUUGGCAUUGCUGAAGUGUUCUGCAUAGUAGGCUUGCUAGAGUUCUUGUAUGAGGAAGCUCCUGAUGCCAUGAAAAGUAUAGGAUCGGCUUAUGCUGCUCUUGCAGGAGGCUUGGGGUGCUUUAUGGCCUCCAUUAUCAACAGCAUUGUCAAAUCUGUAACAGGGAAUCCAGAGAAAGGGGAGCCCUCGUGGCUGUCCCAGAAUAUCAACAGUGGUAGAUUUGAUUAUCUCUAUUGGCUGCUAACAGCUCUUAGUGUAAUCAAUUUCUGCAUUUUUCUAUAUUGUGCAAGUAAGUACAAGUACAGGGUAGCUCAGGUUGAAAUCAAGAAAAACAAAAAUACAUCUCUCUCCUAUCCUAGUUAGUUAUUCACUAGGAAUUUUCUUCUUUCUUUUUUUAAAUGAAAAAGGGUAACUUGUGAGGCCAUAAAUUAUUGGCAAAGUCAGUUAAUAUCUAGAAAUCUAUUAGAUUAUGUGACUGGUGGUCAAAAAUAAAGAGGUUGGUUCAUUAUGUGAA